ACAUAGCAGGCGUAGAUUGCACGGAUCCGGAAGCAGGUGUUGCAAAAGCACUCUAGCCUGUCGAGCAGCAGCCCAUUAAAGCACGUAAAGAAGCUGCCUACCCUUCAUUGGAAAAAGGGUAGGAGGUCAAGAAAAAGUAAUCCACUCGAGUUGCUUCUCGGGACUUUUUGCUAGUCAAUUUUUCGGCAGACUUUUCUUGCGACUGAGGGAUAGCUAUAGUGCAAAGGUGUACAAGAACUGACAUCAAUACUUCAUGAAUGUCGGGGGCCUCAGCGCAUUUCGUCGCUUGAGCACGAUCGCAUCAGGAGGACAGGCCUUGCAGCUAUAUCGCGCGAUCUGGAGAGCCUCCCGGGGUAUGCCUACGAUACGUCGGAAGAAAUUUGUUCGCGAUAAGCUACGAGAGGAGUUUGAGGCAGCUAGACACGAGACAGACCCAAGUAAAGUCGCCUUUGCCUUGGAAUACGCCGCCCUUCAGCUUGACACCGUGAGAAUCCAAGCGGCUUCCUUGUCCAAGCUAGUCUGUGAUCCAAUGUACCACAACAAGCGCGAAAUUUGAUAAAAGAAAAUUAUUGGAAAGAAUUCAGG